AUCGAAAGUAUCAAUAGCUGUUUGUAUAUACACAGAAUAAAGAUACGGGUCUCCUGUAAUUGAAUUUUAAUUGAAAUAAGGAAAAAAACUAGAAACUCAGCAAAGAGCAAAAUGGAGCAGUAACAAUUUUAAGUUGUUACCAUAAAGUAGGGGAAAUUGCAGUGUUUACAACAUUUAUUUCUAUACACGAUCUGGGCUCUUUUACACGUCUAUUUUCUUGUGUAGUGAAAUAUACUAAAAUGAUUCCAGUUCCAAUCAAAGGCUUAGACAAAUGUUGGAUUAUAGUUCAAUACAACCAGCUCAGCAAUACUCAUGCAGCGUAUUUCAAAAAAGGCUUCCCCGCAUAGUCCAUAGAUUUCCCUAGUCCUCCAAUUUACCACGGAUUAUAGACUGAUUUCAGUUUUCGUGGCAUACUUAAGGCUCUCUACAAAGGAACAACCGAUGAAUAUAUAGAAACACAAGUUGACACAUUCAGUCACCGCUUACCACAUUACUUUUCAAUCAAAGUUAAAUUUUUGCGACAAUGUCACGUUCGAAAGAGAAAGUAGUUUCUUCAUUACGCAAGAUUUUCAAAAGUAAAAAUCCUUCUAAUGAUGACUUGGCAGAAGACAAAAAACCAUCUGAAGCUGAUUCCACGGCGAAAAAACCGACGGACUCGCCAGGCAAAAGAAUACGAAGACUGGAAAAGAAAAUUAAACCGACACCUGUGAAUCCAACACCAGACUAUAGUGUCCGGGCAAGAAGGCUUAUGAAAGAGUAUAAGGAAAUUCAAAAAAUGCAAAAUUGCAAAAGCGAUGCGGUAUUUACGGUGGAGCUCAUAAAUGACAAUCUAUACGAAUGGCAUGCACGAUUACACACGGUUGAUCCUGAUUCUAAGUUAGCAAAGGAUAUGGCCGAUCUUAAUAUCCCAUUCAUUUUAUUACAUUUGACAUUUCCCGACAACUUUCCGUUUGCUCCGCCUUUUAUGCGUGUUGUUGAACCGCAUAUUGAAAAGGGGUACGUCAUGGAUGGAGGGGCAAUUUGUAUGGAAUUAUUAACCCCCCGCGGAUGGGCUAGUGCAUAUACGGUUGAAGCUGUUCUAAUGCAAUUUGCGGCAAGUCUUGUCAAAGGACAGGGCCGAAUCACGCGAAAACCGAAAAAUACCAAAGAGUUCAGCAGACGGCGAGCAGAGGAAGCAUUCCGAUCACUGGUAAAAACACAUGAAAAAUAUGGAUGGGUUACACCCUCGCUUUCUGAUGGCUAAAGUGGUUUUGGCCUUUACAUCAAUAAAAAGGCUUGAUGAAAAUCAACAACUAUUUGCUGCCAGAAUGGCUUGUUGAUGUAUUAGCAUUAAUUUCCUUAUAUCUGUAUAUAAUUGGUAAUUUAGAGUCAACCAAAAAGAAAAGCAGCAUUAAAAAUGUACUAGUCCAACAACAUUAUUUAAGGUCUAACAAUAUUAAAAUUUUGAUAUUUGAAAUAUAUAUAAGUGGACAUGUUUAUUUUAGGUAUAUCUAGGCAUGGUACAAUGAAUACGAGAUAGGCCAUAGUAUCAGACUCAUUUCUAUGUUGUUAUUGUAUGGUUUAUUCUUUUAAAUUAUUGUGCAUGAAAAAUAUGAAAGUUCAUAUUGCAUAUUUUGAAAUUAAAUGAAGCAAACAUGGUAGAAUUAAAAAGGUAUAGUUACGCAAUAAUAUGUUUACAAUUUGUUAAGAACUUUUAAUUUUACAACAUCUCAUUGUCAAAAUGUAUAUCUAUAAAUCUAUUGAAUACUCAGAAAUCAGAGAUAGAACCUGUUUUUUAUUCAGUAAAAUUGACGAGGUAAAUUACAGAAAAUGCAGAAAUAGUCUUAUUUAAAAUUACUUUACCUUCUUGAUUUUACCGUGGAAGCAACUUAUUGUUAUUACAACUUGUGUAUGAGGGAAAUAAACUAAUACACAUAUGUUACACAUGUAUGUAUUAGUAAUAAAUAAUUUAACAUUUUUAUAGUCAUGUUUACAUAAGUACAACUUCUAAAUGUUAAUAUGUUUCUUUCAUCGUUGUUUUUAGUCCAAAAUGUUGAAAUUAAUUAGCGGUUAUGUGUUUAUACUCAACUUAUAUAAAUUAAAUCGAUAAUGAAAAACAUUAAUACGCAAAACUAUAUAUUUUGGCAUCUCAUAAUUUUAUAAGAUACUCAAUCUAACUGUGCUAAUUUUAGGUAUUUACAGCAUGGUAGCUAUUUGAAUAUAAAAGUAAUUUGUUUUUAUUUUAUAAUCAUAAUGACUUUGCCAUAGUAAGCUUUUGCAACUGUUGUACUACAUUUGAAAUAGUACCUUUCUUUGUUUGGAGGAAAAAAGGUAUACAUGGUAUAGUUACUAAAAGGUAGCUGGAAGGCGUAUCUGAUGAAAUAUUAGGGUCAAAUUCGGUAUGAGGUUUGGUGUAUUAACUUUAUUUCCACGUUAAAUAUGUAUCAUGGCCUCUCCACUAGGUCAUUCGAUAAGACCAGCUGAUUUCACUAGCAUUGUCAAAUUGAAUGCCAUUUGUGAAUUAAACGUAUGAAAACGUUAACAAACACUUUGACCUUAUCAGGGAUUUUCGAUCUCAACUGUCGUUUUUAUUGUGAUUUGCACGACCUGUUUAAUGGAAAUUUCAUUGAAAAUUUCAACUUUGACGUACUUUUAUAAAGUUUGAAAAUAAAAUUCAAGGAUUUUCUUUCAAGUACGUUCUGAUAAUAAAUAACAAUGAUACGAUUUCGGCUCAUUACAUCAGUCUUAUGUAUUUCUAUUGGUGAUAUUUUUAGUUUAGCCAUAUUUCGUUUGUUUUCCUUCAUUAUCGAUCAAAGCUUGCUGGCAAUGUGAAAAGAAAUAAAGUGAAUUUUGUGUGAUUUUAUAUAUAUGUUAAUUGUUAUAUAUUUUGUUUAUAAGGAAUAACCAGUAUACCCACAGACGUCCAUGUUUUGGUAAAAGAACAAAAAAGAAACAAAAUAAAUAAUUUUAGACUAAAACCAAA